GGCCUUUUUUGGGCGUCUCCGCGCUCUGCGCCCGGGACCUGCGGGCGGGUGCUCGGCGGGCGGCGGAGGCGGCAGAGGGGUCCCGAAGCGACCCCGGGCUCAGCACGCGCGGCCGCCAUGACAGGAAGCUUCCCGGAGCCCCAGCUGCGUGACCCCGCUGAGAUCUUCCCUCUGGAGCAUCUUGUUUCCUCAUCUCAACAUGUCCAGCGCCUUGGCCAAUGCGGUUUGCCAGCGCUGCCAGGCCCACUUUGCCCCUGCAGAGCGGAUCGUUAACAGCAACGGAGAGCUGUACCACGAGCACUGCUUUGUGUGUGCCCAGUGCUUCCGGCCGUUCCCUGAGGGGCUCUUCUACGAGUUCGAAGGCCGGAAGUACUGUGAACAUGACUUCCAGAUGCUGUUUGCUCCAUGCUGUGGAUCCUGCGGCGAGUUUAUCAUCGGCCGUGUCAUCAAGGCCAUGAACAACAACUGGCACCCUGGGUGCUUCCGCUGUGAGCUGUGCGACAUCGAGCUGGCUGACCUGGGCUUCGUGAAGAACGCGGGCAGGCACCUGUGCCGGCCUUGCCACAACCGUGAGAAGGCCAAGGGCCUGGGCAAGUAUGUCUGUCAGCGGUGCCACCUGGUCAUUGACGAGCAGCCCCUUAUGUUCAAGAACGAUGCCUACCACCCAGACCACUUCAGCUGCACCCACUGUGGGAAGGAGCUCACUGCCGAGGCCCGAGAGCUGAAGGGUGAGCUCUAUUGCCUGCCCUGUCACGACAAGAUGGGCGUCCCCAUCUGUGGGGCCUGCCGCCGGCCCAUCGAGGGCCGUGUGGUCAACGCGCUGGGCAAGCAGUGGCACGUGGAGCACUUUGUCUGUGCCAAGUGUGAGAAGCCAUUCCUGGGGCACCGGCACUAUGAGAAGAAGGGCCUGGCCUACUGUGAGACCCACUACAACCAGCUCUUUGGGGACGUCUGCUAUAACUGCAGCCAUGUGAUCGAGGGAGAUGUGGUGUCAGCCCUCAACAAGGCCUGGUGUGUGAGCUGCUUCUCCUGUUCCACCUGCAACAGCAAGCUCACCCUGAAGAACAAGUUUGUGGAAUUCGACAUGAAGCCCGUGUGUAAGCGGUGCUACGAGAAGUUCCCCCUGGAGCUGAAGAAGCGGCUGAAGAAGCUGUCAGAGCUGGCGGCCCGCAAGGCCCACCCCAAGUCCCCAGGCCUCAACUCCACCUGAGCGGCUGCCCGCCCGCCUUCCACCUGCAUCUCCUCCUUGCUGCUGGCACCUCUACUUCUGGUCUGCUCUGUGCUCCCUUCCUGGUGCUGCCUCCACGCCUCAUCUCUGCUCCCUCCCCCCACCUCAUCUCCCCCUCCUCCCUAGGCCCCUUUUCUCUCCUCCUUCCUUCAGUGCAGGCAGGGCCCCUGAGCCUGUGACAGGCCUGUGCCCACAAGCCUUAGCUCGAGGUCCUCCAGGGGCAUGAGGGAACGGGGGCCUGGGGUCACCUGGCCCUGGUCGCGGACCCCCCUGCUCCCACCCUGCUUGUCCUGACCUCUCCCAUUCCUGCAGCAGCCCUGCCGCCCACCAGCUCACAUCCUCCAGCCGUAGUUUGGGCAGCCUCCACCCCUGAGUGGUCCCAGUAUGUGCACAUGGCCCUGGGGAGGCCACAGCCAGGCAGCUACCCUGGCCAUGGGGACGGGGGCCUCUAGGGAACCACCCUUUCAAGCUUGGCCAUAUACUCACUCAACCAAGUAGGAUCCAGUGCUUAAACUGGGCCAGCAAAUCCUGCCACUGUACCCCAUGAUCAUCAGGAGGGACAAGGACCCCCCUCCCUCCAUCCCUCAUGAGGCCUCCUUCCUGAAAUCUGGCCUUCGCCACUCUGUCCUGGUUCCAUUGAGCUCCUCUGUGGCCCCUGCCCUCCACUCCCCCCACAUGCUGGCCCUCUGGAUGCAGCUAGCUGAGGGCCAGAAGGUUGGAUGUGUGGCUCAUUCUGACCUUCCAGGAAGGACACCUCCUCCGUGGCCAGCACAGGACCUGGUGCUUGCACAGUGAAUGAAGGCUUAUUUACAUGACCA